AGGCAUCACUGUAUAUGUUUUGCGUGUGCAUUUAGGUUUGGUGUGUGUGUGUGUGUGUGCGUGUGUUUGGAGUAAUGGCUGGGAAGGUCUGUUAUGCCAUUGGCUGGCUGGAACCUGGAGGCGGGGCUUGUACCAGUAAUGAUAUCUGACAGUGAGGGAGAAUGAGAGAGGCAUCGGGUUGCAGCUCCAAUAAAAGACUGGAAAAGACAAUUUGCUGAAAGACAGACAGAGCGAGAGAUUGAGAGAAGGAGAGAAGGUGGGUGGGGGUUAGGUAGAAAAAAAAAGAGCCGGAGAAAAAGACUGAGUAAUGUACUGUGAGUGAGAGAGAGGGAGAGAGAGAGAGACGAGAAGAGAGGGUGAGACUUGGAGCAACAACAGAGAUGUAGGAGGGAGGGGAGGAGAAACAGAAGAGUUGCAGAAUUAUUCUUCCAACCAUCCACCUACUUCAGAUGCUCUCCUCCUCGCCUGCAUCCUUCCACCUCCCUCCUUUCAUCCGUCCAGCCACCCAUCACUCCCUCCCUUCUUCCUUCCAUAUUUAAUGGGAGCUCUCACAGUGACAGAGGGGAGACUGACUGGUCAUCUCCUUGGAUUCAGAGAGAAGGCGAAGGAGGGAGGGAGGGAGGAAGAAGGAGGUGGGGUGGUGGAAGACAGAGAGAAAGAGUGAACUCCCUUAAAUAAUCAAUCCUCAUAUCCUGCCGUUGCGCGGCCCGCACUCCCCCUCACUCUGUCCUCUCGCUGAAGAGAGGCGGGAGAGGAGAAGAGGAGAGGAGAGGAGAUUUUGGACUUCCAGAGAUGUGGAUGUUGGACAUUUCUCCUGGGUAGAGAGAAGAUGGGAUGAUGGACGAAUGGAUGGACAGCGGAAGCAGACGGGCUUCUGGAUGGAUUGACGUUUGGACAGAUGCACAGAGACCCUGACGGACGGACUCAUGCGCCAACUCUGAGAGGACUCUGUCUACCUGCCCUGCACUUUCUACCUCCUCCCCCAGCUCCUCCUCCUCCUCCUCCUCCUCCUCCUCCUUAUCGUUCCAUCUGCCAGCUGCUCUGUUGUUCAUGAGGGAGCUGAAGAAGAUAAAAGAGGAGAGAUAUUAUUAAGAGAAAAAUCAGGGAGGCGAAGAUAAAAAUAUCAACAAACGCAGCAUAAUCUUCAGAAAGUGGUGACAGGAAAGUUGGACCGUGCGCUUGAAAGCAACACCCCGAGAGCCGGAGAGAAACUGGAGAUGAAGCAGCGGAGGAGCGUUACAACAUAAACUCGAUCUUGUCCGUCUAAGGGGUCGAGUGGGCAGCAGAGACAAUGAACUAUAUCUUUGGCAACAACACCCUGUACCCCCGCAGCGCGAGGGUGGGCGGGUCGUCCGGGGGUCAAGGGGCGGGGCUAGGGGUCAAACAGAAGCUGGGGCCUAAGCGGGGCUCCUCGGAGGAGCUGGCGCCUCCCCACACCUCCUCACCUUCCACCUCUUCUCCCGCCUCCUCCUCCCCGUCCACGUCCUCCUCCCGCUGGCAGCAGCUCCUUAUGUUCUUCUCCAGGAGGAGUGCCUUCACCGACUGUAUCAAUGCUAGCCAGGCCAACCCCCCUCCAGUGGUGGUCAACACCGACAGCGUCGACACUCCCCCUUACGUAAAUGGAACAGAGGCAGACUAUGAAUAUGAGGAAAUCACGCUGGAGCGGGGUAACUCUGGCCUGGGCUUCAGUAUCGCUGGAGGGACUGAUAACCCCCACAUCGGAGAAGACCCCUCAAUCUUCAUCACCAAGAUUAUACCUGGAGGAGCUGCAGCCCAGAAUGGACGACUCAGAGUCAACGACUGUAUAGUCCGGGUGAACGAGACAGACGUCAGGGAGGUGACCCACAGCGGGGCUGUGGAGGCUCUGAAGGAGGCGGGAGGUCUGGUCAGACUGUGCAUACGACGCAGGAAGAGCCUCACGGAGAGAAUCAUGGACAUCAAGCUGGUCAAAGGUCCCAAAGGUUUAGGAUUCAGCAUAGCAGGUGGGGUUGGAAACCAACAUGUCCCGGGUGACAACAGCAUCUACGUGACGAAAAUCAUCGAGGGAGGAGCGGCACACAAAGACGGACGACUACAGAUAGGAGACAAACUCGUCGCUGUAAACAGCGCCUGUUUGGAGGAGGUAACUCACGAGGAGGCAGUCGCCGCCCUGAAGUCGACUCCCGAUGUUGUGUACCUCCGUGUGGCCAAACACAACUCCCUUUUUAUCAACGACAACUUCCCUCCGCCCGAUGUAACCAACUCGUACUCCCCACACCAGGACAAUCACAUAAGCCCUUACAUGAGCGGCAGUCAGUCUGUAAGCCCGGCCCCGCUGACCACUCCCAGGUACUCCCCGCUGCCCAGGUCCAUGACCGGAGACGACGAUGUCCCCAGGGAACCCCGGCGGGUGGUGCUGCAGCGGGGCUCUACAGGUCUCGGCUUUAACAUUGUCGGAGGGGAAGACGGAGAGGGAAUCUUCAUUUCCUUCAUUCUUGCCGGAGGUCCAGCCGAUCUCUGCGGGGAGCUUCGAAAGGGAGACCGCAUCUUGUCGGUAAACGGGGUGGACCUGUCCACUGCUACACAUGAGCAGGCGGCCGCAGCUCUGAAGAACGCAGGAACGACCGUUACCAUAGUAGCACAGUACAGACCAGAGGAGUACAGUCGUUUCGAGGCAAAGAUCCAUGACCUGAGGGAACAGAUGAUGACCAGCAGUGUCAGCUCCAGCUCCACGUCGCUCCGCUCCACACAGAAACGAACACUUUACGUCAGGGCUUUGUUCGACUAUGACGGAAGUGCGUCGGAUCUGAGCGCGCCCAAUCAGGCCCUGGCCUUCAAUUUCGGGGACAUCCUCCACGUGAGCAGCGCCGGCGAGGAGGAGUGGUGGCCCGCCCGUCACCUCAGCCCCCCGCCUCCAAACUGCCCUGAAGUCGGGGUCAUCCCCAGCCGACGAAGGGCAGAGAAGAAGGAGAGGUCGAGGUUAAAGACGGUCAGAGUGACAAGGUCUCAGGACAGAUCGGAUCAAGAUGAUAAAGAGCUGGUAACCUCUGGCACCAGCGAUAGUGAGAGUAGUUCCUCUGGCCAGGAGGAGGCCCUGCUCACCUACCAACCUGUCAUGCAGCAGGAAGUUAAUUACACACGACCUGUCAUCGUGCUCGGACCCAUGAAAGAUCGCAUCAACGACGACCUCAUCUCCGAGUUCCCCGACAAGUUUGGCUCCUGCGUCCCACAUACGACGCGGCCGCGACGAGACUACGAGGUGGACGGCAGAGAUUACCACUUCAUGGCCUCCAGGGAGCUCAUGGAGAGAGAGAUCCAGGAACACAAGUUCAUUGAGGCUGGGCAGUACAACAACCACCUUUAUGGAACCAGCAUACAGUCUGUCAAAGAGGUCGCAGACAAGGGUAAACACUGCAUACUGGAUGUAUCAGGGAACGCUAUAAAGCGUCUGCAGAUGGCAGGCCUCCACCCCAUCGCUAUCCUCAUUAGACCACGCAAUGUCGACAACAUCCUAGAGAUGAACAAGCGUUUCACUGAGGAGCAGGCGAGGAAGACCUUCGACAGGGCCGUCAAACUGGAGCAGGAGUUCACAGAGUUCUUCACCGCUAUAGUCCAGGGCUCGUCUCUAGAGGAGGUUUACUCGCAGGUGAAGCAGAUCGUCGAGGAGCAGUCUGGUCCUUACAUCUGGGUCCCCACCAAGGAUCGACUCUGAACAGACACACACAUAGACGACAUAUAUUCAUGCACGCAUCACACUUUCCACACUUCCUCCUAAUUUUCUAUUAUCAGCCUGCUUCUUCUUCUUCUUCUUCUUCUUCUUCCCUCUCUCCCCCUCUUUCUCUGUCUCUCUCUAUUACACACACACACACACACACACACACACAUCACUGCAUAUUCACACAAGCACAUGAAGUCAGACGAGGCUGGGACUAUCUGGGACUGCUACUUCCUGCAGUGGGAGGAGCUCAUGUCUGUCCAGCAGCCUAUCAGCGGAUCCUUCUACUGUUCAGUUCCUUAAUGUUUAAGGAGGUGGCUCAAAUCAAGGCGACAUGUACCAUUAUCUGAUUUGAUUUCAUUAUUGUUCUUCUUAUUGUUGUUGUCGUUGUUGUUUUCAUAUUAACGAAGGGUAAUGCAUUCAUGUAUGGGUUUGUAAUGAUAAUAUUGUCACCAAGAGGCAGACUUUUGCACGCUGUAGCUUUAAGAGCAUGUUUUUGGGACAAAAUCUUGAUAUCCUUCCUUGUCUGUCUGUCUCUUCUCAUUGCACCACUCCCGUUUUCAGUCUCUUUCUUGUAUCUUUCUUACUUUUUCUCAUAUCUCAUCCCUCUCUUUCCACCCCCCACCCCCCUUAACCGUCUCCAGACUUAAAAAACAAUUACUAUAAUUAGAAUGUGCCCCUGUAUUUUGGCAUCGAGGGCCGAAAUAAAACUAUAGUGCAGCCGCUGGCUGGAGAUGUAGCAAGAAGAAGAAUUAUAAACGAUUUAGAGUUUGUGUCACAGAGAUCAUUUUUAAUAUUGUUACAACACUGUUACAAACAGAAAAGUGAAUUAGAUUGCAUUCGGACAGAUGAAGUAGUCCAUCAGCAUGUUAUUUUGGGAGAGCCUAAUACAAACUUUAUGAUGGUGUUGGAUUGCAUUGGGAGCUCUGAGUCUGUAUUAAUCACAUUUCUGAUUUUCUUUCUUCCAUAAAAGUAACGAUUGGAGCAGUCUAAUGUGUUUAUAGUAAAUAACAAAUGCGGUAACAACGGAGUCAAAUUGGCUGCAGCUGCAGACAAGGGUGCAUGAAAUCGCACCGUUAUUCUUGCUGUGGAAAAUGUAUUAAAUCUUCAAAUAAAAAGCUCAAGCUGCCGUAUUAUAAAUUACACAUAGAGCUACAGCUAGUGUUUUUAGCUGUUUCUGAACAGCUUGUAUAAGUGCUCCUAAACACUGCAUUCUAAGAAAUACGAAUUUGAUAGAUUUAUAGUAAAAAAAAAUUCAAAACUCGACUCAGUAAACUGAUAAAUACAGGUGCAGAUUCUCAGUUUAGGAAUCUCGGGUCCGAGUCUUCAUCCCAAACAGAGAUUCUCUGCUUUUCCUACACCUCUUCUUCCUCCUCCUCUCUGUCACACGCCUUCAUCUCCCUCCUUAUCCGCCGCGUGACAUUCGUCGGGCACUCAGACAUUAAACAGUGUAUCAUCUUCUUCAUCGGCACUAUCAUCACGAUCAUAAUCAUCAUCGUUACGGCUUUCCUUCCUUACUGUAGUUGCACUCAUGAGGGCUGGUUUCCUGAAAGCAUCUUAGGGCGACGCUGCGAGCUGAUGCCGUCCCAGUGUUUCUGGUUUUUAGAUACAAUGCACUCAUGUUUUCAUUCAGUGAUUAUUAUAGUAGUUUCAAAGGAGGUACAGGAGAUGGUUUCUAGCCCCAAACCUCACUUGCUAAUAUGUCUUUCUGUUGUAUUUAAAGACAUCAAGUGUCUGGUGAACAGGCUCCAUUGCAUUAGCUCUGUUUCAACCUUUAUUCCACUCUGGAUUGAAGCCUUUAGACCAGUGCAUAUAAAACAGCAAUGAUCUCAGUGCUACAUAUGUUACUGCAUGGUCCAGUUAUGGUUAUGUUAUUUUUUUUUUACCCGUUAUCCAGCUAAGGUAUUUUUAUGAUCCUACAGAUGUGUGGUCUCUGCGCUGAAAGAUCAAAUAUUUGCCCGAGCACUUAACUAGCAUUUCAACGUUUCCACAAACUGAAGGCAGCAGACUUAAAGGUGCAUCAUGGAGUUUCUGAGCAUUUAUUAUUGUUCAUAAACUUUUAGCAGAAUAGCAUUAAGUUUGAUUUAAUUUUAAGGAACUGCACGAGCAUCCUAUUGAUUUCUGCCAUAUGUCUGGUAUGAGAAGCCAGCAAGUCCUACUUCAGAUAUAAAUAUCUCAGAUAUCUCAGAAAUGCUAAAAAUAAAAGGCCACUGAACUUGUAGGGUUUCUUGAAGACGUUCUUCCCUUCAUUGAGGUAGCCGUCUCUGAAACACUAGGGGGGAGUUGGUAUUUAAACAAGAACAUCUGUGGGUAUAAUCACCCAGAAGCUCACUUGACUAGCAUCUGUUAAUCUGCUACCGGUCAUCUUUCCCUAAUGAGUGAUAAUUUAUUAUAAGUCAGAAGCUCCAGUCUCAACAUGUGAAUGGGGACAGAAAUUAAGACUGUAAAUUGAUUGCAGAUUAUAUCUCAGUCCAGAUCCCCUGUUCAGAGGAGGAUUUCCCAAACUCCACUUGCUAGGUGUCCUAAAAACAAAAACCCAAUCGUUUUAUUUUUUAUUUUUUACGUUUUGGUUAAAUUCGCUGCUUUUAUCCGCCAAGUGUAACAUCUGAGAAACCAAGAUGCUUUUGGUGACACAGCCCCUUUAUGGACCUUGUCAGCCACCCGCCAUCCCCUCCUCAUCUCCAUCCUCAACCCCGAGGCGACUCCUCCAAGCUGACUGGAGACCAGAGACAUACAGAAAGACCGUUCUGUCAACAGAGUAGCUCCUAUUCCCAAAUACUGAAUACUUUUGACAGUAUGUGCUUUGGAAGCUUUAAUGUUUACUCACAUAACGUCCAGCUAAAUUAAAUCUGUUUCCAUCUGUAGUUGUCGCUGAUUCAAGUAGAUGUGUGGUGUUUGUCAGAUGACAGAACCAGACUCUCUGUAUGACUCCGGCUGUGUGAUUUUUUUUUUUUUUUUUUUUAGCCAGGGGACCAUGCCACUGUCUGUUAGAGUAAAGCACUGAUGCAAAGAAUCUAUUACAGAGAUGGAUCUAUAUCUAACAUAUUAUAAUAUUUAUCCCUGCUCUAACUGCCUAUUUUGGUACAAAAAAUAAAUAAAUAAAUAAAUAAAGGUCUUUAUUGAGAUUUACCGAAAAUCCCCUCGACUGACGAUCACAGAUGAUUAUUCUUUUUGUUCGUGGAACAUGUAUGAAUGUGAAUAUUCUAUGAUAACUGCAAAUAUCAAUAUAUUUUCCUUUACGUUCACCUCUA